CUCUUGCUCGUCAUUGUUAAAUAGCUUGCUCUCUGUCCGAAAUAUUCUCGAGAGUAAGACAACCUUCUCUUAAAUUUGAUGUAUUCAUAUCUGGACUCUUUCACAAGGACAUCAAUAAUUUUUCAAUAUCAUUUAUUUAUUCAAUAUUAACCGAGCUGUCUCUCUAUUUUGUUCAGAAUCUCCCAAUUUUUCUCAUCCGCUUCCUUUUUCUCUUUCUUCCACUUGAGCUCAUUAUCCACUUGAGCUUUCACUUUCCACUAAAAAGGAUGAAGUCUUUGAAAGAAUACUUCUCUAUCCAUGGAUGGAACAAAUCAAUUGAGCAUUUCAAGUAGUACAAUUUUUUUCUUCUUGCAAGAAGAUCAAACCACCUGAAAUAAAUAGGAAUAAUUCAUAUCUUAUUGGACUACAUUGAAAAUCGAGUUCAUUCUCGGUCUCCGAAGAGAUUCUUGAUCUCCUAUGAUCUUGAUCUGAUCAUGAUAUCCGAUCAUGGAGGGCUGGAAUUACUGAUCGUACAGAAAAUUUGGUUUCAAACUUUGUUUUGUGAAUGUUCGAAGGCUGAAGUGACCGGCUCAUACACUUAUGUAGAUGAUGUCGGCGAAAGACAUAAUGUGCAAUACGAGGCUGGUCCCAGAACUGGCUUCCACGUCAAGACGUUGUAUCCAGAUUCAACACCCUAUACGGGGCUCUUCUACAGGGGUGCUCCAGCUAAUAAGCAGACCGGACCACUUCGAGGCAAGACUUCGAUACAAAGAGGAACUGAUGGAUCAUAUAGAUUCACAGCAACGGGACCUGACCAGAGACGAACCGAAGUGAGCGACGCAGCCAACAAUGUUCGAGGCUCGUACACCUACUUGGACGAUAAAGGAGUACAGAGAACCGUCCAAUACAUAGCGGGGCCCAAUAUCGGAUACAAGGUUAUUGGAGGCAACAAAGGCCUAUCACCGGCUGGUUCCUCGCCAGGAGGCAGCACUGGACAAUUCCCCUACUCGCCACCCGACAUAGAGACGGCCAGUCCCACCAGCAGUGCCCCACCACAGAAGGACUCCCUCAACCCAAGUGCCAACCUCGACGAGGAACUCUUUGGUCCAGCACCGCCUGGUCCUCUACCAUCGGGAGAACCCGAGAAACAGCAGCAAGAAAUCCAAGGGGAUCCAGAGGAUUUCCUGAAUACCCCACUGUACGGAGCAUCAGGAAGUGCUAGCCCCCAAUACUCAGAACCCAGUUCAACACUUGCUCCAACUUUGUCACCCACCCCCUCUCCGUCACCGAUUCCAGUCUCCCAACUUCCACAAGACUUCGACGACUUCCUCCCGCCCUUGUCAGCGUUCCCCGAGGACGACCCCUCCAUCCCCAAGCCGAGACCUCAGGGAGGAGGCGGAGGAUCACCCAGUUACCUCACACUGGAAGACAACGACUUCCUGAAGACACCGUUCGCCUUGCUGCCAGUUGGGGACAGCUAUGACAACUCAAACUAUGGCGGGCAGUUCAAACGACCUAAAUCCAACAACAAUCCUAAUGUGAACAAUAAUAACAAUGAUAAUAACCAACCAACACCUAACAGAAAUGUGCCAGUUAACAGUAGGGACAGGGUACAAACGACAAACAUCGGAAAUACUAGAAACAAUGAUAAUAAUAACAACAAUAAUAAUAUCUAUAGAACACCUCCUUCAGCGCCUGGUAGAGAUCGACCAGGCUACAACAAUAACAACGACAACACCAACAAUAAUUACAUACCAUCAACAGGGAGAGAACGUGAAAGUUAUUCACCGCCCAGUCCUCCACCAAUGAGAGACAGGGACAAUCCACCUCCUCAACCAUUCUCUCCACCGCCUGGUAACGGAGGCGACAACUUCUUCAACACGGCUCCUGGUAGGGAUGGAGGGUUCACGAUACCUCCUCCAUCAACACCGAAGGAUGGCUUUCCGUUGUUGAAUUUCGGUGGUGAAGAUGACGAUUUCCUCCCACCUCUACCGGGAGCAAACGAUUUCCCGGUGCCACCAGCCGGAGGCAGGAUAGAUUAUCCACCUCCCACACCUCCCAAAGAACGACCCAACUAUUUCGAAGGAGGUCGCGACCGAGACAGAGAGCCCAGCCGACGCCCGUACCUGCACCGCGACCACAAAUACUCUCCAAGUCAGAAGACUUUUUUAGGGAUUCCGUCCGGGGUGGCAGUGAGGGCACAUGUUCAGUCCCUGGACAUACUUCCGUUCGGAUCGCGGAUUCCGCCGCCCGGUCAGGCCCUGGACUACGAGCGCCGGCGGCUAAGAACAAGAAGAAGGUGAUCGCCGUCAAAGUGCUGUCCAAGGACAAGACUCAUCACAAGGUCAUCGGUGAACUACUUCAACCGACAACAAUCUCGUCAAAUGGUAUCUCCUAAGAAUGCGCCAGUUAAUAGUGUAGGAAUGCAAAAUUUAAUGAAUUAAAACAAACUUGCUAGAGAGAAUCUAAUUAGAAUUGAGCAAAGUAAAUAACUCCGUUGAGAGAAUCGUUAGACUCUCAUAAAUCUAUAGGAAAUUCAAAAUGUAUUAAGUGAAUAGGUAAUGCAUUUCA